AUGGCUAUACUCAUGAGACUGGAGAGUGGGAUAACACGGUGCGUUCCGGAUGAGACGCUGAAUGGGACGCUUCUCACUGUUCACAUGAUAGGAUGUAGAACUGACAAUACAGAGCAUAAACCCAACGCGCCAGAACAAGUCCGAUCUGCGAGACCAAAAGGAGAGGGACUGACGCCGUACCAGGUUAAGAAGCGCUGUUUCGGUGAGUACAAGUGCCCAAAGUGCAAGCGGACGUGGAUGUCGGCAAACAGCUGGGCCAACAUGGGACAGGAAUGCAACAAGUGCCACACCAACGUCUACCCACACAAACAGGCGAGACCAAAAGGAGAGGGACUGACGCCGCACCAGGAUGAGGAGCGCUGUUUCGGUGAGUACAAGUGCCCAAAGUGCAAGCGGCGGUGGAUGUCGGGCAACAGCUGGGCCAACAUGGGACAGGAAUGCAACAAGUGCAACAUCAACGUCUACCCACACAAACAGCGCCCCCUAGAGAAGCCGGACGGCCUCGACGUGUCCGACCCAAUCAAGAAGCAUCCCCAGCACCUGUGCGAGAAAUGCAAGUCGCUCGGAUACUCUUGCGUCGACGCCCCCUAGCGGCGGCAUUCAACAACAGGGGGCGAGAUUUUCGUUUCGUUCCCUGCCGUGUUGUGCGGUUCGUGGUGCGAUGACAAGUGAGCAUGCUGUCGCGCUGUGCAGACUGUUACUAGUCUUAGGCACGGGAUUGUAGGCACAUACGACCCCCUUCCACUCCCAGCAGCAGCGUCAGCAGAAGCCAAAUAAAAAAGAAGAAUAGGAAGAAUUAGAAGGAGAGGAAGAAGAA